UCCUGACUUGACUGGAAUACAGCAGUUAUAACUGUAGUCGGCUAUAGAGGAACUCCUCUCUGACACAGACAUACAUCAGUCACAGGUGGUUAGUCUUCGUGACACACACGGACACUGAGACAGUCAAGAUGAAGUUGCUGCUUGUUGUUUCUGCUGUUCUGGCUGUAUCCAGCUGUGCCAGCAUCUCUCUGGAAGAUUUGGAGUUUCAUGCCUGGAAACUCAAGUAUGAAAAGUCAUAUGACUCUGAGUCAGAUGAGGCUCAAAGGAAGCAGAUCUGGCUCAACAACCGCAAACAUGUGCUAGUGCACAACAUCUUGGCAGACCAGGGUUUGAAGUCCUACCGCCUUGGGAUGACCCAAUUUGCUGAUAUGGAAAAUGAAGAGUACAAAAGGCUGGUUUCCCGGGGCUGCCUUCACUCUUUCAAUACUUCUCUGCCUCACCGCGGCUCUACCUUCUUCCGACUACCUAAAGGUACUGUUCUACCCGACACUGUUGACUGGAGAGAUAAGGGAUAUGUAACCCAUGUCCAGAAUCAAAUGGACUGUGGCUCCUGCUGGGCCUUCAGUGCAACUGGCUCCCUGGAGGGUCAGCAUUUCAGGAAAACAGGAAAGCUGGUGUCUCUGAGUAAGCAGCAGUUGGUCGACUGCUCUCAGAACUUUGGCAACCAUGGUUGUAAUGGAGGCCUGAUGGAUUCCGCUUUCCAGUACAUCCAAGCAAAUGGAGGAAUUGACACAGAAGAGUCCUACCCUUAUGAGGCCGAGGAUGGAAAAUGCCGUUACAAUCCUAAAUCUACUGGUGCUACAUGCACCGGCUAUGUUGAUGUGCGACCAGCUAAUGAAGAAACCCUGAAGGAAGCUGUGGCUACCAUCGGACCAAUAUCUGUGGCCAUUGAUGCUUUUCAUCCAUCUUUUCAGCACUAUGAAUCAGGUGUUUAUGAUGAGCCCGACUGCAGCAGCACAAUGUUGGACCAUGCUGUGCUGGCUGUGGGUUAUGGUACUGAAAAUGGACUUGACUAUUGGCUCGUCAAGAACAGUGCUGGUGUUGGAUGGGGGGAGAAAGGAUACAUUAAGAUGAGCAGGAACAAAUCCAACCAGUGUGGGAUUGCUACUGCAGCAAGCUACCCUCUGGUCUGAAGAGGUCGGAAGAAACUCAUCCUCAUUUUUACCAAGUUACGUAACUAAAUGUCAUUUUGUUUACGGUGUUAACAGGCUCUCUUUUUGUUGCAUUAGUGUUUAAUGAAAUAACAUCAUAAAGACUGCAAAUACAUGAAACAUAAAUAGAUAAAUAAACAAAUUGU